CACACACACACACACACACAGAAACUGAGAAGCGUCUUGCUCAGGAGAUUGAGAGACAUGCACGCACUCUCACUCUCUCACACAUGCACACACACACAGGGGGAGUGGUGAAGGCAGGCUCCGGUGCGUUUUGAAGCAGCAGUGAGAGUAAGAGAGAGGACUAGCCAGUACAGAGGACAGACGACUCUUAAGCUUGAACGGACCGUCACCUACCUACCAGCCCCCAGCCGAUGAGCCACAGCCACGGCCACAGCACCGUGAUAAAAGGGGUUAUGCCAGGAGAGCUUGAAAGGAAGGGAAGAUCCAGCUCUCCGUCCAUCCAUCUGUCCGUCCGUCCCGCCUCUCUUCAUCCUCAUCCCCCUUUUUUUCGGAGCCGAUAUCUCAGGUCGGACUGUCCCAUUUUGAAUUCUUUCCUUUUCUCUCAUCAUUCUCUUGUUUUGAUGGAGGGAUGUUAAAGAUCAGGUGAAGAUAGGAGGAGCUACAUUGUGGACGUCUGCCCUGUCGUUUAUACAUUCUUUGUUUGUUGUUAUGUCAACGAUCCCUCAUUUUUCCUCCUCCUGACUGAAUUGAAGAGUGUGUGUGAGACGCAGGACUGGAGCCUAUGAGGACUUUGAGACUGAUCUGUUUUGAUAUGAUUCGGUCGUCAGGCAAAUUCUUUCCUAUCCUCACGGAGCUGUAUCAAAGUUAGCUGGAGCUCCAGGGUGAGGAGGGGGCCGUGGGGAGGGCCUGUGGCCCACGACGGAGCACCCACAUUGGGACACAUGCAGAGAGGGACACUGGCAUAGUGGUUCUUCUCACCCACUGUUUUCUGUGUACAGGAAAAUGACAACAUUAGUUUUCUAUUGUCCUGUUGCCACAUUGACGGAGGGACAGUGUCAUACCAGGGCAACACCUGAACAAUAUCAACGGUAACAGCAAGGACAGGCAACAGCCAUAUCUAAAAGACAACAACAGUUAAACCACCAGUGACAGCAACAACGCACUGCAUCUAACCAAACCUCAAUCAGCCAACACCUGAUAACUUUGGGUGGGCCUUUGACAAGGACUCCACCUCUCCAUCUCUCCAUCCCCCUCUCUCCACCUCUCGCUCUGCUGUGGUGUUCUUCUCCCUUCAUCCUCCAGCGAGAAUCCCCUAGUGACCCCCACUCUGCAACUAUAUUUAUCCAGAUAUUGUUGACAUUAUAUUGACAUUUAUAUGUCAAUCUAGGCAAGUUUGCUCAAAGGAUUCUGGGUAAUCACCCCGGGCGGUGCUCCAUCGCCCUGGGUGAAAGGGCAGGGGGGCGGCCCACGGUUCCCCCCGACCACAACCGGGUGAAGAGCGGGCGCGGGCAGCAAGAUGGCGGCUCUCGCCAGCUCGUUGAUCCGCCAGCGGCGGGAAGUGAAGGACCCCCAGGCCAACCGGCAGGUGGCCAACAAGAGGAAGCCGUGCCCCAAGGCCAACAAGUCCCUGUGCCAGAAACAGAUAUUAUUACUCAUUUCAAAAGUCCGACUAUGUGGCAAUCGAGGCCGAAAAUUAGAAAAAAGACCGGAGCCCCAACUGAAAGGCAUCGUCACGAGACUCUACAACCGGCAUGGCUUCUACCUCCAGAUGCUUCCGGAUGGCACCAUGGACGGCACAAAGGACGAAAGCAGCUCCUUCUUGCAGUUCAACUUGAUUCCUGUGGGCCUGAGGAUAGUAGCCAUCCAGAGCACUAAGACAGGGCUCUACAUUGGGAUGAACAGCGAUGGAUACCUCUACACUUCGGAACACUUCACUCCAGAGUGCAAGUUUAAAGAAAGUGUGUUUGAGAACUACUACGUGACGUACUCGUCCAUCCUGUACCGGCAGACCCAGUCGGGCAGGGCCUGGUACAUCGGCAUCAACCGGGACGGACAGGUCAUGAAGGGCAACAGGGUCAAGAAGACCAAGGGGGCCGCCCACUUCCUGCCCAAACUCAUUGAAGUGGCUAUGUACAGGGAGCCGUCGCUACAUGAAGUGGUGGUGGUCGCCGAGCUGAGUUCGCCCAAGAAAAUGGCCAAGGCCUCAGAUUCACCUGUGCUGCAGAACGGCAAAAAAGACCCGCCCUCAAAAACCAAAACCUCCUAGCGCACAGAGAACACAGGGGCGGACAUACGGGCACUGGGCACUGGCAUGGGCACCUAAAGGAACUACAGGGAUGAUAUAUAGAAGCAAUAGAGCUACUUGAUGGUAGCAUUAGAAGAACUCUAUCUCCCAUAAUGCAAUAGUGAAGGGGUGGGGAAAUAAAUGCCAAUGGAACCCUUCUUUAAAAGACAUGGUGUGUCCCCCACCCACUGCAGCCCCCGUCCCUUCUCUUACCCAACACCGCCCCUGUAUGAGUCUGAGAUUUCAGAGCAAUAAAACCUGAGGAAUGAGGCUGGGUGCGUCGCAGCAUGCACUGGUCCCGUCACAACUAUAUACACAUCCACCACGGGAAAUUCCCGGAAAGAAGACCGACACCUAUCAUCAGCAUCGUCUGUUUUUAAUCUACUUCACUUCACAACGAACAAUGUCUUCCUGUUUUUAUUACACAGGGUUGUCACGGUCAAAUGUUUCCCCCCUGCCCCACUGAGCAGCAGGGGGGGCCUAUUGUUCUACAUUCCUAAAGCUUCCAUCCAUACUAAUGUUGGGUUGAUCCAGGAUGCGUCUGCACCCUAUUUUCAAUAUAGUGCACUACUUUGUGUGGGCUGUGGUCAAAAGUUGUGCACUACAAAGGGAAUAGGGUGCCAUUUUGGAAGCUCGCCCAAAACAUCCUUUUGUUCUUAGUUAUCGGUUAGCGGGUCUUCUCUGUCCAUCAGCACCUUUGUGACCAUAGCUACUGUAUCUCCUCCAUACUGAUGGAGCUUUUUUCAUUUUUUUUCUUUCCCUCGUUAACCUCAGUUUUCCACUCGGCAGCACAAGAAAAAACCUUCUUGGUCCUCUCUAGGGCUGUUUAACAGCAGCUUACACUGAUCAAAAUCUCCCCAACUCUUAAAAGAGAGAGAGAAACCUCCCUGCUGCACUGAACUACACACACGAUUGUGUUCAUACACACACACACACACACACACACACACACACACACACACACACACACGCACACACGCACACACGCACACACACGCUGGGCAGCAGAGGGAGAGGGUGAUUGUGUGCGGGUCAGGGGUUGAAGAAUGAUGACGAUAUAAUCAGUGAGAUGGUGUAGAUGUUCUGGAAGUCUGUUUGUCCAUGUAGGUUAUUAUUAAACUGACUGCUUUACCCUCUCUGUGCCCAGCCAUGCGUUCCACCAUCCUAUAACUAUACUAGAUCAUUUCUCUAGCUCAUGCCCCUAACAUGCUGACCACACCGCCCGCGUCGCGUGUGCUAGCGUUGCAAAAUACAUUUACACAUACAUGUUAUUCAAUCAUUGCACCCACACUGCUCGCGAGCGUCUGCGUAGCCAGGCGCUAAAAUAGAACUUGGUUCUAUUUGUGACGCUUGAUGCGCUACAAGUCUCGCCUCUCCUAUCUCCUAUUGGUUUUUAGGAGCAUAUUCCCACGUGGGCGAUUGAAAAAUGAACUGAGAUCCACACUCCUGUCCAGUUGGUAGUGGUAAUGCACCUUAAAGUUAGUUGCCAACCGCCAUAUCAAGAAGAAGAAGAAGAAAGAGGAGAGACUACUAGAAACUAACUCAGUUUACCCUUUAUCUGUGGAUUCAUUGUCGGAGUAGAGGACCUUGUGCAUUUCAGGUAAAAUAACAACCCAAUGUUUAUAUCCCAGGACAAAUUAACUAGCAACAGCAAGCUAGCUAGCUAAAUUGCCAUAAAUGUUUAAUGCUUUUCGACCUGUCCCCAAAUGAAUAUUGUUGGUUCAGAGUUCGUUUUGAUAUUUCAACCUGGGUGUCCUGAUCGCCUCUGGGUUGGGUGGACAAGAUCAACAUGCGCGCAAACGGUCUGGUCAGCAUGUAAGCCAGGGAGAUACAGCAUACCCCACUGUGGGGUUUAUUUUCUGGUUGGGUAUGUGAUAUUGCAGGACAGUUGUGGUUCUUUUCGGAGGGCUACAACCUCCUAGCCUGGGUGCCAGUCAGUUUCCACUGUCAAAAUCCUUAUGGGAUUGUCAUAGCAAACAGACUGGCACCCGGGCUAACGACCUCCUAGUUCCACGUUGAUUUCUUCUUGUUAAUCUCUAUAUGUAAUAAGCAACUAGUAUGCACUGAACCUCUCCAACACUGGGUCAAGUGUGUUAGUUAUUAUGCAAAAGGAAACAAGCCUUCUUUAAACGCACAUCUCGCCAUCAUGUCUCAUAGGGUGCGCCAAAAUGGCACCCUAUCCCUAUAUAGUGCACUACUUUUGACCAGAGCCCUGGUCAAAAGUAGCGCUCUACAGGGGAAAGGGUUCUAUGUCCAAUGCAACCAUAGACUAUUAUCAACCUGUAACUUGUGCUGUCAGUGUCACAUCCCAUGCUGCACAACAACGAUGUUGCUAAGGGUAAAGACCGGAUGCUAAAGUCACAGACAUAAUAAUAAGAGGACGAUGGUUUAGUAAUAAGGAUGAGAAUGUAUAGCUAGAAGGAGCUACAUGUGCUUCCUACUCCAUUUAAAAAAAGAAGAAGAUUAGCCACGAACAAUCUUUCUGCCAGUUACUGACGUAAGUCUAUAAUUCUAUGAUGAGUGUUUUUUUGUUCAUGUUGACGUGUUUACUGGAGGGAUUUGAGCUCUGUAUGCGUCCCAUCCCAAAUGGCACCCUAGAGCCCUAUGGGGACUGGUCAAAAGUAGUGCACUAUGUAAGGAACAGGGUGCCAUUUGGGAAGUAUCCAGAGCUAGGGCAGAGUGGUAGAUAGGGGGUCCUUAUUUUAGACUGAGCAUGCUUGUUUUGUCGAGCCAAAGGAGAGAAAGGAAGGAACGAAGGUUCAGAGAGAAUUAUGGGAAUUAUGAUGGCUUCUCCCCGUGGCAGACCAGGUAAUCCCAAAUAAGGUGUUAACAACAGGCAUCUCUCACACACACAUGCACACACACGCACACGCACAGACACACACACACACAACCUGUUGUGAAGAUUUGUAAGCUGUAUACACUGCAGUGUUGCAACCCUAUUGGACCAAUGUUGUACAGUCCACCUUCAUAAGCAGCAGAAGAUAGAGGCCUACAGGGUGUGUGUCUGUCUACGACUGUGGCUAACACUUCCUCAUUGGUUCAGAUUAAUCACUUCAAUUAAGCAUUUAAAUAGCUUUAGUUUGAUGUAUUUUGCCAGCCCCCCCCCCAGGUGCUGAGACAACAGGCUCACGUUAACACAGACACAUACAAAACACACAUUGACACACCACGCCUGACCCACUGAUUCCACGAGCUAAUUCCAAGCAUGUCCUAUUGAACAAAGGUUUUGAGAACAUGAGUCUCUGGGAAGAUUCCCAGCUAAAUGGCGUGAGACUGGUCAGGUGAGGGGGAGGAGGAGGUGGAGAUGGGGUGGAGGGGGGGAAGGACAGGAGCGAAAAGGAGAUGGUAUAGAGGGAAGGAGAGGGGGAGGGGAUGAGAGAAGAGGUGAGCAGAGAGAAUAAGAGGAUACAUUAAGCGAUGGCUUCUACUGGUUUAUCAAACCAGUCAAUGUUGAAUAAGGUCAGUGAAUCCAGAAAUGGGAUAUUUGGGAAAUAGCUAUGCAUCCUGUGAUUUUACUGUUUGCAACAUAUUAUUAUACGCCCCCCCUCCCAAUGUCUUUCCUUGACAUAACUUUUCCAUCACAACUCUACAAACGCACCUAGAUUAGCGUUAGUUAAUAUUAGCUAUGAGAUAAGAGUGUACUGUAAGUAAGUUAAGGGAUAACGCUGAGUAAGUUACCUGAGUAGCAGCAGAUGAUGUACGAAGACAACGUAGUCGUGAUAGUACCACACUGAUACCCACUAGUCACUUAGCAACGCAACAGAGUACCGUCCUCUUCAGCCGGUCGAGAUCACGGUACAUUAGAGGUAAUGAAUGCGAGUGCAUUUACGUGUGUGUAUGUCAUUGUUAUUACACAUCACAUCUGAUUGGGGUGUGUUCAUAAGGGUAUGUUUGUGUCACUGUAGGGAUAGGUGCAACUUUACACCACAUUCAAUUUGUUCUAACAUCUAAAAAAACGUUGUGUGUGUGUGUGUGUGUGUGUAUACAUGCACGUACAGUAUAUCUAUGAACGCACAAGGUGUGAGCACCUGUAUGUACAUGUACGUAGCCACCGGGUGCUGCUAUGCUAGCGUAUGUAGGUAGGUUAUGGAGUGUAUGGUUGCAGUUUAUAACAUAUCGAUGCAGGGGUAUAAUGUAUUGUGAAGUAUAUGGCUCUAAUCUGACGUAGUUGACGAGGCUGUGAGAUUCCUCCUCUUCUCGUGUUAAUCUGACAUCAAAACCAGCAGGGUAGAUGCUUCCAUCUUAAAAUGUACACACAUGCCCACGCACCCAGACACACAACAAAUCAAAUCAAGUCCGACUGUAUUCAGAGUUUAUUUAUUUACAUCUGUGUCUAAAUUGCAAUAAUGAAGAUGGGAUAGCAUCCAAUAGCAUAUUGCAAAUGGUACUGUACAGUAGAGGAAGAUUAUGUUGUUAUUCAGAUGGACUGCUGUUUUAUAUAGUCCCGUAGAUGUUAGGUUUGCAGUGUUUGACCUUCUUUCAUUAGAUGCAUCGAGGGGAGACUAUAAAUAUGUGUAUGGAGUGGCAAGUGUGUGUGUGUGUGUGUGUGUGUGCAUUCAUAUGUGUGUGGUGUGCCGUGUUCAAAGUGUUCAAAGUGUUGAAUACAUCGAAGAACAGACACCCUCCUCAUCAUCUCUUCAUAUCCUACGCCUUCCUUCGGCCAAUUAGAUAACACUUCAAGUCAUUCAGCUUAAAUGACUGUGUCUAAAGACGGCCAUUAAUCUCGUUUUUUUAUUUUUUAUUGUCCCAUCCACCCCCCUUCCCCUUCGGAGGACAACGUAACUUUGUUACAAAUACAUUUUUGUUACAAAUACAUUUUUACAUACAUGGUACUUUUUUUUUUUUACAUAAUAUAACAUAUACCGAGUGUACAAAACAUUAAGAACACCCUCCUAAUAUUGAGUUGCACCCUUCCCUUGCUCUCAGAACAGCCUGUAUUCAUCGGGGAAUGGACUGUACCAGGUGUCGAAAGCGUUCCACAGGGAUGCUGGCCCAUGUGUCCUUUGGGUGGUGGACCAUUCUUGAUACACCUUUGGAUUCAUUGGAUUUUUUUUAAACAUUUGGAUUCAUAGUGCUCAGACAUGUCCAGUACACAUGAUAUAUAUUAUUUUCAGUCACAACUACUACAGAUUAUAUUCACCCCCUCAGCUUUUCUCAGCCCAUCCCACCCGUCUCCAAAGACCAUGCUCUCUUGAUUUCUUUGUGUCAUAUUUUUCUGUGAUGUCUAACCUAGAUUCUGAACCUUUGUAAUCCCAUAUUAUCAACAGAUUGUGAUUUAAAAAUGAACAUUUUAGCUAAGAGUAUUAUUAUGGUGUUGAUUGAUUGACUAUGGCUUUCCAGAACGCCCAACAGUGCUAUUUGUAGGGUUCAUUCUGGAACACUGUUAUGACUUUUUACAAACUCCUGAACCUGUGACCAGAAUCAAGCUACAUAGGGGCAAUACCAGAAUAAGUGAUCUAAUGAUUCUGUGUCUUCGCAGCAAAAUCUGCAUAGCCGAAAUGGGUGUUUGACCUGUACACUGUACACAACAUUCUGUUGGUGGCAGGAAUUUACUAUAAUUUUAAUUGAAAAACACAUUUUUGAAUCAAGCGUCGUUUUGUGUAUCAGUUCAUAAACCACGUGCCAUGGAAUCCGCGCAUCGAAAAUCUCUUCCAAUCUAUUUUGCAACCUGUAUGGUGCCGCCAUUCAUCUAUUGCCUAUAUACUUUAUCUGUCCAUCCCAUGUUUUACCUGACCACAUACAGUACCAGUCAAAAGUUUAGUGCCUAAAGCUGUCCUCAAAGGCAAAAGGUGGCUACUUUGAAGAAUCUCAAAUAUAAAAUCAAUUUUGAUUUGUUUAACGCUUUUUGGGUUACUACAUGAUUCCAUAUGUGUUAUUUCAUAGUUCUGAUGUCUUCACUCUUAUUCUACAAUGUAGAAAAUAGUAAAAAUAAAGAAAAACCCUUGAAUGAGUAGGUGUUCUAACUUUUGACUGGUACUGUACAUUGAUCAGAAAGAUAAAGAACUGGAUUUACAGCUGCUAAACUCCCCCAUAAAUUGCUCCAGGAUUUCACAUGCAAAACCGCAUCCCUUUAGAAUGCGUAUGACAUUAUAUUAACACAUUCAUUCUCACCGUGGAAGUGGGAGAGAGCUUGUGGAUGCUUGUGCAUGCUUAAGCAUGUGUGUGUAAGGCCGUUCGAAUGUGCGUGUGUGUUGUGACAGAUACGGUUAUUAAACAAGGUUAAGUGUUAAGAGGUUCUGUGCAGGAGUACACUUCACACGCUCCGUUUGCCCUUGGUUCCCAGGGGGCCUUCUCUCCCUCCCCUCCGUCUCUCCCGCCUUCUCACCCUCCAUUUCUCCCCAGUCAGAGAAAGAGAGAACUGCAGUUUAGGUCUUCUGGAGGACUCGGGGGAAGAGGGAUGGAGAGAGAAAGACAGCGAGAGAGAGAGAGAGGGAGAGAGGCUUCCUCUAUUGAUCCGUCUCCCGAACACAACUUCCCUUCAACCUGAAGGCAGAGGCUGUGCGCAUGUGCGCGCAUCUUCUCUGCGUCCCAUCUGUCUGUGCCCAUCUCUGUGUACAGCCUGUCUACAAUACAUGUAUUUUACGUGUGGAAAUGUGUCUGUUCACUCCGUGCGCGCUCCUGACAGCAUAAGAGUGAGUGAAUGAGGAGAGGAAUACGUCGAGAAGCCAAAUCAAUGAGCGCUAGUCCUCGGGCGGAAAGCAGUGAACUUCAUUAAAACAUGCAACGCAGAGGAUAUAUACGUGUUUAAUGACUUAGCAAAUAUAAAGCUAAAAUGUGUUGUUUGUCAGAUCUUUUUAUUUUUCGAAUGUUUUGUUUGUGAGUGAGUGGGGUUGCCGUCACGUGUGUCUGUGUGUGUUCCUUUGGGGUGUAGUCCUUCUCCCUACAUCUGCAAUGCAGUAGAAAAUAGACAAAAAACAGAGAGAGACGAACCAACGGCCCCGUUCUCAGAUAUAUAUAUAUUCAUUUUUUAAAACCCAACCAUGAGUUUAAUGGUAAAAUACCACUGGCCCGUAGCUAUCUCCAAUCCCCCAUCCUGUUAGACCUUGGAGUAACGCUGCAUUUUAAAAGGUAUAGUGCUCUCCUGAAGCACAUCUGCAAUGCACACACAGCACUCCUGCAUGGAGUCGGGCUGGGCUGGCGCAGAUGUAAAUUGCAGAGGUCACCUUUAAAAUAAGAGCUAAGCUGGGGAGCUGCCCAGAGGUACUGUAUACCAGACCUGGGUUCAAAUACUAUUUGAAAUCGUUUCAAAUACUUUAUCAUGGCUUGAUUGAGCUUGCCCGGCAUAAUGGAACCAAUAGAAUACUGGCAUGAGUGCAAACCCCUCCCAUUGGGCACUUCAUGAGGACUAGGGCAAACAAAACACUCCCAACUGUUUGAAAGAUUUAGAAUAGUGUUUGAGCCCAGGCCUACUAUGGUACGACGGUACACAGUGGCUUUGCAAGGUGAUUGUACGUUGACUAUGCUAAAGGGAAGAUGUACUACUGUUUUUAAAAGUGGGAUCUUGUUGGUGAAGACCGCGAUUGAUUGAUUGUCAUCGGUGAGGGGUAUUGUUGUUGGGGAUAUUGUGACUGUCGUAAAGAAUGUUCUUUUUGGGGAUUCUGUCGAUGGAAUUUGAGUUUUGUAAUGGAUAUGUCACAGUUGGUCCGUCCAUGUACUGCAUGUCUCUCUAUUCAACCUGUUUAUUUUCUAAUCAGACUCUGAUUAGUGCGCCACCCACCCAACAUUGAACCUCAACCCGACAAUGCAAACUAAAAGACAAACAGAAAAGUAAAAUAUUAGUGAGUGACAGAGUGCAAAGAAGGAAGGAUAUUUACCUUUUGGCUACGAUCAAACUGGAUGACCGCUGACCUAUGAACCUUGAGAGGAAUCUAACUAGCUCUCCAGCAGCAUAUACACUGCUCGCUCACCGUCUCUCUCUCACACACACACACACACACACACACACACACACACACACACACACACACACACACUGUAUAACCCACUUGUGUGAUUUUGCGAUCAAUCAAAGUGGUCUGCUUUGUACAUUGGAGCCCCUAGAGUUUUGUAUUGCAUGGAUGAUCCAAGUUAUUGUGAUGAUGAUAAUAAUGAUGAAGUCUUCCAAAAAAGGAUUAAGAAAAUCUCCAUAUAACUUUUUUUCUCGUCUUCCAAUGCAAAAACAGUGCAUCAGUCUUCCAGCUAACUAAAACGCCACAAUGACACUAUUUUUGUAACAAAACAAUGACACUAUAAUAAACAUGGACGACAGGAAAAAAAAGAAGGGAAUGGGAGGUGGGACAUUAAAGUUCUAUCUAUCCGAGGUUGAUUUGAGCACUAUAGCCUACGGCAGCAGAGAGAGUCACAGACAGACCGUACUACAAGCAUGCAUGCGCCCAACAUUUACUGGACACAUCAAAAAAGAAAGUCAAGGAGUCCUCUAUUUACUCUCCCCUUCCCUUUCCCCGUAAACACUCUUCCUCCUUGAACCCUUGUCUUCUCUGCAUUUGCAAUAUGAUCUGUAUUCAUUUCUAUAAUAACUUACACAAUGUCAAGGGAGGCAUAUUAUUGGAUAUAAUUGAAUAAAAACUAAUAUAUUUGUAUGAUUGUAAAAAAAAAUAUAACUGGUCUCCUGGAUUUGC